GUAUGUGUAUUUCUGUUUCAUGCUACUAUUAUUAUAUAUAUAUAACCGUGCAUAGACUAUGAAUGCACUGCAGGUUUAUUAAAACUUUUCCUGCGUCAACAUAACAUCCUCGUUCUGCUACAAUCUGUCGUAAGUGCAACAAAGUAAUUAUACUCUCUCCCAAGGUAAGUCUCCCAAGGAAAUCUCUCCCCGAGAACUUCGUUCUUUACUCACGGGAGCUAUAAAAAUGUGGAUGCAGCCGGGGAAUUGACAGUCGCAUCGUCCUCCUGUCACAGUUUACAUUGUUAUUUGACAAUCAUUCGUGCAGUUGAUUCAACGUUUUGACAAUACGUUAAAGAUUUCCACUUUGACAGUUACUGACAAUAGAUGUGUAUAACAAGUAUCUAACCAUAAGUGAAAAAAAAAAAGAAUUAUUCGUCCUUCAAACAUCAUGGAUAUCAAGAAAUUGAAGGAAUUCAUGGAACUGGUGGGCAGAUUAAAGCACAUGAAAAGAACAGGAUGGGUUCUUAAAAAUGUGUCUGAUCCAGAAACGAUUGCAGGUCACAUGUAUAGAAUGGCUAUGCUUUCUUUCCUAGUGGAUAGUAAUGAGAAUUUAGACAAAGUCAAAAUCAUGCAGAUGACUUUAAUCCAUGACUUAGCAGAAUGUAUCGUUGGAGAUAUAACACCUUAUUGUGGUAUUCCACCUGAUGUAAAACACAAACUAGAGGAUGAAGCUAUGGAGAACAUUUGUAAACUCCUUGGAGACAGAGGACCUAUGAUAUUGGAAAUGUUUCGUGAAUAUGAAAAACAAGAAUCCCCAGAAGCAAAAUAUGUUAAAGACUUAGACAGAUUAGAUUUAAUUAUGCAAGCAUAUGAAUAUGAAAAAAGAGACAAUAUUCCUGGAAAGUUAGAGGAAUUUUUUUCUGCAACUGAUGGAAAAAUAGGACAUCCUUUUAUUAAACAAUUGGCAUCUGAAAUUACUGCAACAAGACAAGCUCUAUGUUGCAGUUCUGCUAGUUCAAUAUAAGUCUUUAUCUGUUUAGGGAAACAAAACAUCAUAUAUUUCA